AUAUGCGUCCCACGAACGAACCAAUCGACGCACGCUGAUUUCGUAACCGUGAGUUUUGAACGACGUCAACUGGCAUCCGGCUUCAGCUUCAGUGUAUGUUUAGACGAAAGAUGUGGGGCGUUAUGCAGAAACGUACAAUCGUAAGUUGAUGUUCAUGUGUAGUGCAUGUGACUCGAGGUCUUCUCAGACGAACAAUCGCACACCUCCCACACGCUACGACAUAACGCUCGCACAGCACAUCUGGAAGGAAUUCUGGAAAGAGACAACGAAACAAUCUGUUGAGCAAGCUGGAAACGGUCGAUCGCAUUGGACCAGAGACCUCGUUAAGGAACUCCCGCGUUUUCCUUCGUGUGAUAUCGAAGAUGCAAGUUCGCUACAUUCUUGAGAAUACAAGAUGAUGAAAAUUUGUUAUAAGGACUAGCACAGCUUCUGCUGCACAAGCUGACGGCUUCAUCGUUCUGACAACGAACUUGACGAUUUUUUCACUGAAAAAAUACACGGAAUCGAGCAAGAGACCACGAUAUUAGAGUCAUAUUGUAAGCAAAAAUGGCACCACCAAAGGUAAUGCUCAAGCAGAAUAGAGCACAGAAUACUUUUGGAGUCAUGAGAAAAGGAAUGACAACAAGAAGUCAAAAUCAAAAUUUGUUGAAUAAUGUAUUAAAUAAGCAAAACAUAGUGCCUAAAGAAACACGUGGUAAACGAAAAGCUGAAGCUCCACCACCUCAAGAGAAAAUAACAAAGAGAACUGCUUUUGGUAAUAUUACUAAUGCUAUUGGAAGAACAUUAGGAGAACAAAAUCGUAUACCAAGCAAGAUAGUACCCCAAUUCAAAACAGCUAUAGAAAAUAAUGCUAUAGAAAAACGUAUAGCAAAAGCUACAAUUAUAUUGAAAUCAAAACCACCAUCUCGUGUCAAACCUAUUGUAAAGAAAGAUGAGGAAAAGAAGAGUGACGAGAAUAAAGCAGAUAUCUCACAAAAAUUUGUAAAUAUCAGAGCAAGUUUAGAUUCAGAGAAAUCAGAGGAAAAUUCAUUGUAUGUUAGUGCAUUGGAAGAUGUGGCAGAGAAUGUAAAAAAUAGUCUCAAAUUUAAUAGUAAGGUUAGCUCAAGUGAAAAUGUAGCAGAAACUGAAAAGUUUAUAGAAGUUGUAAGGAUUGAACCCAUGACAAAUGAAGGGACAAAUGAAGAGGAAGAAAAGCUGUUACAGGGUGUUACAUUAUUGGAUGACAUUCCUGAAAAUAAACUACCUGAAGGUGUAUUAUGGGAUUUUGAUGCUGAAAACUGGUUAGAUCAUUUGCAAGUGUCAACGUACGCAAUGGACAUUUUCCAAUAUUUGAAAGAACGGGAAAGUUCAUUUGUUAUCACGAACUAUAUGGAAAGACAAGUGUGUCUCUCGCGAUGGAUGCGUGCUAUGUUGGUUGAUUGGAUGGUCGAAGUGCAAGAGUCGUUUGAGCUCAAUCACGAGACCUUAUAUUUAGCUGUAAAACUCGUCGACUUAUAUUUAACAAAAGUGACAGUCGGCAAAGAAACCCUGCAAUUGCUAGGUGCUGCUAGUUUGUUUAUAGCGAGCAAAUAUGACGAAAGAAUACCACCGAUGGUGGAUGAUUUCUUGUAUAUAUGUGAUGGUGCUUAUUCACAGAGAGAGCUCAUCAGAAUGGAAAUGAAUAUUUUAAAAGUAGUGAAUUUUGACUUAGGAAUACCACUCUCUUACAGAUUUCUUCGGCGUUAUGCUAGAUGUGCCAAAGUAUCAAUGCCCACAUUAACUUUGGCUCGAUUCAUACUGGAGUACUCCUUGAUGGAUUAUACGGUAAUAACAUUCAGCGAUAGCAAGAUGGCUGCGGCCGCGCUGUUAUUAGCAUUACAAAUGAAAGAUCUAGGAGGAUGGACUCCGACGUUAGAGUAUUAUAGUAGUUAUAGAUUGGACGACAUAAAAAAUAUCUGCAUUACUUUGAAUGAAGGCUUGCAUAAGAAGCAUAAAGAAUCUUUAAUGACCGUGCGCAACAAAUACAGUCACAAAAUCUUCUUUGAAGUAGCAAAACUUCCCUUAAAAGACAAGUUGGAUAUAUAGGUGAUGCUUAAGUUAGUAUAAUAAACGUAAUUAUAUUUUAAUGUGCAUGGAAAUUUAAUUCGGUAAAAAGCCAAGCCAACUAUUGUUGGUCAUCGUUAAUAAAUUUUUAUGAUAAUAAUUAUUAGCAUGCCGAUAAUUAUAUUAAAAAAUAAUAUGCAUAAAGAAACAAAUUAAAAUAACAUUUCGGAUGAUCGCAAAUCGCUUAUUGAUCGCAAAAUCACGAAGGACCUCGCACUUGCAUCCAUUUUCUAAGAAUUGUAUUUUUCUUUUAUUAUUUAUAUAUAACAAUAUCUAUAUCGUUUUACAAUCGCAGUAUUUGUAAGUUAACUUAUCCUUUUUUUCUUUUGUUAAAAUUUAUUUUAGCGUCAUGUUUUUACACUUCGCGAAAUAAAUCCCGAAUUUUAACUUUAUUCUGGAUUUUGUUUUUAUGACUUAGCUAAUGUUUAAUAUCUCUCACAACCGAUAAUAUUUCUAUGGAGGUAAACAAAAAGAUAUAUAUAUAUAUAUACACAUAUCUUAUUAAUUGCCGAUUAAAUUGGUAAUAUAAACGCGAUUAUAUGCAAGUGAAUGAUGAAAUAGUAAUUUAUACUUAAAAUACUGUAUAGCAAGUGUGGCGCAUUGUUAUGUGUAUCGUGGUUGUACUUUUUUAUAAAGACCGAUAAUUGAAGCUUAUAAUACCGAAGUAAGAAUGACAUACACAAUAUGUAGUCGUUACACGCGCAUAUGACGAAUCUAAGAUCUUCAUGGAAUUCAAUAUCUUUGACUGUGUGAUAUAAUCGAAAAAACAUUGCAUUGUGAAAUUGAAAGAUAAAUGUAUUCAGAAAUUUUUGCUAACAUAGCGUACAAAUUGACAAUUUAACCAGAGACAAUUCAAACUUUUUAAUGAAAUACUUAAUGAAAUAUAUUUGUCAUUUCUAUAUUGAAAAAGAGAAAUUAUGAUCAUUCGGUUUGUGUGACUAUACUUAAAGCAACAAGUACCUAUAGAGAUAUAUUUAUACUUUUUAAUCUUAACAUCUUAACUAGUUUACGUAAAACAUGUAAUCAAAAACGCAGGCACUAAAACUAUUUUAUAGGAACAAUUUAAUAAAGAGUGUUAAAGAGUAAAAAAAGUUUUAAAAACUGACAUGUUAAAAUGGUUGUAAUUGAAAAGAAAAGAGUUAAUAGCAUAGAUAAAUCCACUGUUUCAAGGCAACCUAUAUAAUUAUAUGACGUAAAACUCUAAUCCGGAUGAAAAGAAAGACUUUCGGACAAUUGUCAAUAGAAAUUUAAAAAAACAACCUGUGAUAUUGAUAUUCGUUCAUUGUGUGAUGUAACAAAAUUGAAAUAAUAAGAGUGUUGUGUAUGUGUGUGUGUGUAUGUGUGUGCCAAAUCUUUAUUGUCUGCAAGGUGGUCACGAAGUUCCAUUACUCCUAAUAUGUAAUUGAAAGGCUCGGUAAAAGGAUGGAGCAAUUUUAUAACUCAAAAGAUCCAUUUCGGAUGCUAUUUUACACUUGAAAUGAUCAUUAUGAUUUAUGGAUUGGCCUCAUUCUUGCUGAAUUCAUCAAUUAGCAUGUUGGGGCCCCUGCAGUGUAUAAUUUAUUUGUAGCUAUUUAAAAAGAAAAUAAAAUGUAAAAAAAAUAUGAAAAAAAUUAUAAGAAAGAUAAAAAUAUGUAAAACAUAUACUCUAUUAUAGCAGAUUAACAUACAAGGUGUCCCAUUCUAAAGAAUCCUCCUUAAAGGAUAUUUUAGAAGCACUACGUUAAAUCGAAAAAUGUUUAAAAGUUGUUUGCCUUGAAGGGGGACAUAAGACAGCAUAGCAUUUUGUUUAUAGGUAUCACCACUUUCGAGAUAUUCACUGAUCAUCAAUUUUCUUAAAUG